CCGGAUGUAAGAAAGAGAAACAAAAAGUCCUGAUAGCCUUUCCUCAAGGUCUGUUGGAUCCUAAAUCAUCACAGGGGCCCAGCCCUGGGCGUGUGACUGGGACUCUGGUCUCGUUUCAACCAUCCCAGCCCUGCAGCCACAGGUGUCUUGUGGCAAGGAGGUCGUAUCAGGAGCCACAAGCAGCCUCACAGCUGCUCAGUGCUUCUGGCCAAAGCCUUCCUCUGAAGAAGCCCUGCUUGAGCCGAAUACAGAGGGAGCCAGGGGGGACGUGAUGCUGCCUGUGACCCGUGUGCUGGCCUUCGGCGCUUGGCUGGUGGCACAGAGCGAGGCUACACCGAGUGCCCCCACAAUCUCCAUCUUCCUGAAGCCACCUGGGGUGAUGCCACCAGGAGGCUCCAGCACCAUCUGCUGCAUUUGCCAGCGCAGCUCUGGGAGCUUCGUGCUGUACAAGGGCAGCCUCCGGCUCCGUGCCCUGCAGCAGAGCGGCAGCAGGGCCGAGUUCUCCAUCUCCAAUGCCACCUACGAGGACAGGGGCACCUACCACUGCCACUACCUGGAGGGAGGCACCGUGCUGGCACGAAGUGAUGAACUGGAAGUCUCUGUGGAAGAGCUGCGUCUCCCCAGAGCUGAGCUCUCUGUCCUGCCGGGGCACGAGGUAAGUGCGGGAGCUGACGUGAUGUUCCGCUGCACCACCUCACACCGCAGCACUGCCUGCUACCUGUACCUGGAGGGCCAGAUCCGAGCCCAGCUCUUCUCAAGGGAACAAGGUGACUACAACCUCUCCCGCGUGCAGAAAGGUGACAGUGGCCGCUACAGCUGCCAGUGCUACAACAUGAGUACUUCGAUAGAAUGGUCUGCUGUCAGCAGCACCCUGGACUUGGUGGUGAGAGAUUACACGCUGUGCAACGCCGUGCGCCUGGCGCUGGCGGCGGGGCUGCUGCUGCUGCUGGCGCUGAUCGCGGCGGAGGCGGCGGGGUGCUGGGGCUGGAGGAGCCGAGCGCGGCCGCGGGACCGCUGCCAGCAAUAAACAAAAAAUAAACAGGAAAGAAACAGGAAAUAAACAAGAAAUCAACCGCG